AAAGAGAGACACAGAGAGAGAGAAUUGGGGGCAUCUGGCCGCCCAUCAGCAAUCCCAGACCCUUCCCAGCUUGGGUCCAUCGGCCCCUCUCCAGAAGUGGGGAUUCAGGGCUGGGUUUGUGUCUGCAGGGGGGGAUGUUUCUCUCACCUUCUACAUUGUAUCUCAGACAGGGGGCCCAGAAGGGACUUAAGUGACCUCUAAGUCCAAGUCUCAGAUCUCUCACCAAUGACCCAGAGGCCUUUGGGCAAGACUGGCCUAUCUGCAAUUUCUCUGGGGUCAGGGAGGCAGCCUCUAGCAGUGAAGGGGAGGCAGCCUCUGAUAGUGAAGGAUGUCACUUUCCCUGCCCAGACUCGCCAGGCUCCCCUUCCGGCCCCGCAGCCUCUCCCUCCGGGACGUCUCCCGGUGGCUCCGUUAUUUCUACGGCUCUAGUUCAUCAAGGUUGUGGGGGGGGGGUAGGGGGCCGGGGCUGCCCCCCUCGGGGACCCCCUCUACCCCCUUCAGCCCCCUCUUCCGCCCCCAGGGCUCGGCCAUGGCUCCCUGGAUGGCUGCCCUGUCCCUGACGGCCCUGCUGGCCCUGUCCACCCCCCCAGCGGCCGAAGCCCUCGUCAACCAGCACCUGUGUGGCUCCCACCUGGUGGAGGCCCUGUACCUGGUGUGCGGGGAGAGGGGCUUCUUCUACACCCCCAAAGCGCGCCGGGACGCCGAGCAGCCGCAGGUGAGUGAGGCCGGAGGGGAAGAGCUGCCAUUCCCGCCCGAGUACCAGCUGCAGAAGCGGGGCAUCGUGGAGCAGUGCUGCAACAGCAUCUGCUCCCUCUACCAGCUGGAGACGUACUGUAACUAGGGGCCGGGCGGCCCACUGGCGCCCACGGCGGGCACGGCCCUGGCGCCCACGGCCCCUGGCGCCCACGGCGGGCACGGCUCGGUCCAGAAGGCGCUUUCUGCCCACGGAGCUUUGACACAAUUGAAUAAAAU